AGUAACCAUGUGGAUGUUCUGCUGAAGCGUUUCCUCAAGCUUGCUGGGGUGGGAGGAGCGGAGGAGGAGGUGGUGGUGGAGAAGGAGGAGGCAGGGGGUGGAGAGAGAGAGAGAGAGCGCACGCCGAGAGGAGGUGUGGGUGUUCCGCUUCCAUCCUAACGGAACGAGCUCCCUCUUCGCGGACAUGGGAUUACCUAGCGGCUGCUAACCCCUCUCCUCGUCCUGCUCCCCCAAGUCGGAGUGGCUCCCUGGGCACCAAGGCGCUGACUACUGAGGAGCAGGAUUCGCAUUCCUGGCUGGGCGUACUUUGGUAACAGAGUGCCUGACCCGGGGUCAGGAUUUUCAAGGAAGCCAUGUCUGACAAAAUGGCCAGUUUCCUACAUAUUGGAGACAUUUGUUCUCUGUACGCCGAGGGAUCUACAAAUGGAUUUAUCAGCACCUUGGGCCUGGUUGAUGAUCGUUGUGUUGUACAGCCAGAAGCUGGAGACCUUAACAACCCACCUAAGAAAUUCAGAGACUGCCUCUUCAAGCUGUGUCCUAUGAAUCGCUACUCGGCCCAGAAGCAGUUCUGGAAAGCUGCCAAGCCAGGGGCCAACAGCACGACCGACGCGGUGCUGCUGAACAAACUGCACCAUGCCGCGGACUUGGAAAAGAAACAGAACGAGACAGAAAACAGGAAGUUGCUGGGGACCGUGAUUCAGUAUGGCAACGUGAUCCAGCUCCUGCAUUUGAAGAGUAAUAAAUACCUCACUGUGAACAAGAGGCUUCCAGCUCUGCUGGAAAAGAACGCUAUGAGGGUGACCUUGGACGAAGCCGGGAAUGAGGGGUCCUGGUUUUACAUUCAGCCCUUCUACAAGCUUCGGUCCAUCGGAGACAGCGUGGUCAUAGGUGACAAGGUUGUUCUAAACCCCGUCAAUGCUGGCCAGCCCCUGCAUGCCAGCAGCCAUCAGCUGGUGGACAACCCUGGCUGCAACGAGGUCAAUUCCGUCAACUGCAACACAAGCUGGAAAAUAGUCCUUUUCAUGAAAUGGAGUGACAACAAAGAUGACAUUUUAAAGGGGGGCGACGUGGUGAGGCUGUUCCACGCUGAGCAAGAGAAGUUUCUCACCUGUGACGAGCACAGGAAGAAGCAGCACGUCUUUCUGAGGACCACAGGCCGGCAGUCGGCCACAUCUGCCACCAGUUCAAAAGCCCUGUGGGAAGUGGAGGUAGUCCAACAUGACCCGUGCCGAGGCGGAGCCGGGUACUGGAACAGCCUCUUCCGCUUCAAGCACCUGGCCACAGGGCACUACCUAGCAGCGGAGGUAGACCCUGACUUUGAGGAAGAGUGCCUGGAGUUUCAGCCCUCAGUGGACCCCGAUCAGGACGCCUCUCGAAGCAGGUUGCGAAACGCCCAGGAAAAGAUGGUCUAUUCCCUGGUCUCUGUGCCCGAAGGCAAUGACAUCUCCUCCAUUUUUGAGCUCGACCCCACCACGCUCCGUGGAGGUGACAGCCUUGUCCCAAGGAACUCCUAUGUCCGGCUCAGACACCUGUGCACAAAUACCUGGGUCCACAGCACAAACAUUCCCAUUGACAAGGAGGAGGAAAAGCCCGUGAUGCUGAAGAUUGGCACCUCUCCCGUGAAGGAGGACAAGGAGGCGUUUGCCAUAGUCCCAGUUUCUCCUGCUGAAGUUCGGGACCUGGACUUUGCCAACGACGCCAGCAAAGUGCUGGGCUCCAUUGCUGGGAAGCUGGAGAAGGGCACCAUCACCCAGAAUGAGCGGAGGUCUGUAACCAAGCUGCUGGAGGACUUGGUCUACUUUGUCACUGGUGGAACCAACUCUGGCCAAGAUGUGCUUGAAGUGGUCUUCUCCAAGCCCAACAGAGAACGGCAGAAGCUGAUGAGAGAACAGAAUAUUCUGAAGCAGAUCUUCAAGCUGCUGCAGGCCCCAUUCACAGACUGUGGGGAUGGCCCCAUGCUUCGCCUGGAGGAACUGGGGGACCAGCGGCAUGCUCCUUUCAGACACAUCUGCCGGCUUUGCUACCGGGUCCUGCGACAUUCGCAGCAAGACUACAGGAAGAACCAGGAGUAUAUAGCCAAGCAGUUUGGCUUUAUGCAGAAGCAGAUCGGCUACGAUGUAUUGGCCGAGGACACCAUUACUGCCCUGCUCCACAAUAACCGGAAACUCCUGGAGAAGCACAUCACAGCGGCCGAGAUCGACACGUUCGUCAGUCUGGUGCGAAAGAAUAGGGAGCCCAGGUUCCUGGAUUACCUCUCUGACCUCUGCGUGUCCAUGAACAAAUCCAUCCCGGUGACCCAGGAGCUGAUCUGCAAAGCUGUGCUGAAUCCCACCAACGCCGACAUCCUGAUUGAGACCAAGCUGGUUCUCUCUCGUUUUGAAUUCGAAGGCGUCUCCACUGGGGAAAAUGCUCUGGAGGCCGGGGAGGACGAGGAGGAGGUGUGGCUGUUCUGGAGAGACAGCAACAAAGAGAUUCGCAGUAAGAGCGUCAGGGAGUUGGCGCAGGAUGCCAAGGAAGGGCAGAAGGAGGAUCGCGAUGUCCUCAGCUACUACAGGUAUCAGCUGAACCUCUUUGCUAGGAUGUGUCUGGACCGCCAGUACCUGGCCAUCAACGAGAUAUCAGGCCAGCUGGAUGUGGACCUCAUCCUGCGCUGCAUGUCUGACGAGAACCUGCCCUACGACCUGCGAGCCUCCUUCUGCCGUCUCAUGCUCCAUAUGCACGUGGACAGAGACCCCCAGGAGCAGGUCACUCCUGUGAAAUACGCCCGCCUCUGGUCCGAGAUCCCCUCGGAGAUUGCCAUUGACGACUAUGACAGUAGUGGAGCAUCCCGAGAUGAAAUCAAGGAGAGGUUUGCUCAGACCAUGGAGUUUGUGGAGGAGUAUUUACGGGACGUGGUUUGCCAGAGGUUUCCGUUUUCUGAUAAGGAGAAGAAUAAGCUUACGUUUGAGGUUGUCAACUUAGCCAGGAACCUCAUAUACUUUGGUUUCUACAACUUCUCUGACCUCCUGCGGCUGACCAAGAUCCUCCUCGCCAUCUUAGACUGUGUGCAUGUGACGACCAUCUUCCCCAUCAGCAAGAUGGCGAAAGGAGAAGAGAAUAAAGGCAGUAACGUGAUGAGGUCCAUCCACGGAGUUGGGGAGCUGAUGACCCAGGUGGUGCUCCGGGGAGGUGGAUUUUUGCCCAUGACCCCCAUGGCCGCUGCCCCCGAAGGCAACGUGAAGCAGGCGGAGCCAGAGAAGGAGGAUAUCAUGGUGAUGGACACCAAGUUGAAGAUCAUCGAGAUCCUGCAGUUCAUUUUGAACGUGAGGCUGGAUUAUAGGAUCUCCUGCCUCUUGUGUAUAUUUAAGCGCGAGUUUGAUGAAAGCAACUCCCAGACCUCAGAAACAUCCUCCGGAAACAGCAGCCAAGAAGGGCCCAGUAACGUGCCAGGGGCUCUUGACUUUGAACACAUCGAGGAGCAAGCGGAGGGCAUCUUUGGAGGAAGGAAAGAGAACACCCCACUGGACCUGGACGAUCAUGGCGGCCGCACCUUCCUCCGCGUGCUGCUCCACCUGACCAUGCACGACUACCCACCCCUGGUGUCCGGGGCCCUGCAGCUCCUCUUUCGGCACUUCAGUCAGAGGCAGGAGGUCCUCCAGGCCUUCAAGCAGGUUCAACUGCUGGUCACCAGCCAAGAUGUGGACAACUACAAACAGAUCAAACAAGACCUGGAUCAGCUGCGGUCCAUCGUGGAAAAGUCUGAGCUGUGGGUUUACAAAGGGCAAGGCCCCGACGAGACCAUGGAUGGUGCGUCUGGUGAAAACGAACAUAAGAAAACCGAGGAGGGGAAUAAGUCAGAAAAGCAAGAAAGCACCAGCAGCUACAACUACAGAGUGGUGAAAGAGAUUCUGAUUCGGCUCAGCAAGCUGUGUGUGCAGGAGAGCGCCUCCGUGAAGAAGAGUAGGAAGCAGCAGCAGAGGCUGCUGCGGAACAUGGGUGCCCACGCCGUGGUGCUGGAGCUGCUGCAGAUCCCCUACGAGAAGGCUGAAGAUACCAAGAUGCAGGAGAUAAUGAGGCUGGCUCAUGAAUUUUUGCAGAAUUUCUGUGCAGGCAACCAGCAGAAUCAAGCAUUGCUGCAUAAACACAUAAACCUGUUCCUCAACCCAGGGAUCCUGGAAGCCGUGACCAUGCAGCACAUCUUCAUGAACAACUUCCAGCUCUGCAGUGAGAUCAACGAGAGGGUGGUCCAGCACUUCGUCCACUGCAUCGAGACCCACGGCCGCAAUGUCCAGUACAUCAAGUUCCUGCAGACGAUCGUCAAGGCCGAAGGGAAAUUUAUUAAGAAGUGCCAAGACAUGGUCAUGGCCGAGCUGGUCAACUCUGGAGAAGACGUGCUCGUGUUCUACAACGACAGAGCCUCCUUCCAGACUCUGAUCCAGAUGAUGCGGUCUGAGCGGGACCGGAUGGACGAGAACAGCCCUCUCAUGUACCACAUCCACCUGGUGGAGCUGCUUGCUGUGUGCACCGAGGGCAAGAACGUGUACACAGAGAUCAAGUGCAACUCCCUGCUCCCGCUGGACGACAUCGUCCGCGUGGUCACCCACGAGGACUGCAUCCCUGAGGUUAAAAUCGCCUACAUUAACUUCCUCAACCACUGCUAUGUGGACACGGAGGUGGAGAUGAAGGAGAUCUACACCAGCAACCACAUGUGGAAGCUGUUUGAGAACUUCCUCGUGGACAUCUGCAGGGCCUGCAACAACACGAGCGACAGGAAGCACGCGGACUCCAUCCUGGAGAAGUACGUCACGGAGAUCGUGAUGAGCAUCGUGACCACCUUCUUCAGCUCGCCCUUCUCGGACCAGAGCACCACUUUGCAGACUCGCCAGCCUGUCUUCGUGCAGCUGCUGCAGGGCGUGUUCCGGGUCUACCACUGCAACUGGCUGAUGCCCAGCCAGAAGGCCUCCGUGGAGAGCUGCAUCCGGGUGCUCUCCGACGUAGCCAAGAGCCGGGCCAUUGCCAUUCCUGUGGACCUGGACAGCCAAGUCAACAACCUCUUCCUGAAGUCACACAACAUUGUGCAGAAAACGGCCAUGAACUGGCGCCUGUCAGCCCGCAAUGCUGCUCGCAGAGACUCUGUUCUGGCAGCUUCCAGAGACUACCGGAAUAUCAUCGAGAGACUACAGGACAUUGUCUCAGCCCUGGAGGACCGCCUCAGGCCACUGGUGCAAGCAGAGCUGUCUGUGCUCGUCGAUGUCCUGCACAGGCCCGAGCUGCUUUUUCCGGAGAACACAGAUGCCCGACGGAAAUGCGAAAGUGGUGGUUUCAUUUGCAAGUUAAUAAAGCAUACUAAACAGCUACUAGAAGAAAAUGAGGAGAAACUUUGCAUUAAAGUCCUACAGACCCUCAGAGAAAUGAUGACCAAAGAUAGAGGCUACGGAGAAAAGGGUGAGGCACUCAGGCAAAUUCUGGUCAACCGUUACUAUGGAAACAUCAGACCUUCAGGAAGAAGAGAGAGCCUGACCAGCUUUGGCAAUGGCCCACUGUCACCAGGAGGACCCAGCAAGCCUGGGGGAGGAGGGGGAGGUUCGGGAUCCAGCUCCAUGAGCAGGGGUGAGAUGAGCCUGGCCGAGGUUCAGUGUCACCUUGACAAGGAGGGAGCCUCCAAUCUGGUCAUCGACCUCAUUAUGAACGCGUCCAGUGACCGGGUGUUCCACGAAAGCAUCCUCCUGGCCAUAGCCCUUCUGGAAGGAGGCAACACCACCAUCCAGCACUCCUUUUUCUGCCGGUUGACAGAAGAUAAGAAGUCCGAGAGAUUCUUCAAGGUCUUUUAUGACCGAAUGAAGAUGGCCCAGCAGGAAAUCAAGGCAACUGUGACUGUGAACACCAGUGACUUGGGAAACAAAAAGAAAGAUGACGAGGCGGACAGGGAGGCCCCGUCCCGGAAAAAAGCCAAAGAGCCCACGACGCAGAUAACAGAAGAGGUCCGGGAUCAGCUCCUGGAGGCCUCUGCUGCCACCAGGAAAGCCUUCACCACCUUCCGGAGGGAGGCCGACCCCGACGACCACUACCAGUCCGGGGAGGGCACCCAGACCACCACCGACAAGACCAAGGAUGAGCUGGAGAUGAGCGCGGUCAUUACCAUCAUGCAGCCCAUCCUGCGCUUCCUGCAGCUACUCUGCGAAAACCACAACCGAGACCUGCAGAACUUCCUUCGUUGCCAAAAUAACAAGACCAACUACAAUUUGGUGUGUGAGACGCUGCAGUUUCUGGACUGUAUUUGUGGGAGCACGACUGGUGGCCUUGGGCUCCUUGGACUGUACAUCAACGAGAAGAAUGUCGCGCUUAUCAACCAAACCCUGGAAAGUCUGACUGAAUACUGUCAGGGACCUUGCCAUGAAAACCAGAACUGCAUCGCCACCCACGAGUCCAAUGGCAUCGACAUCAUCACAGCCCUGAUCCUCAACGACAUCAACCCUCUGGGGAAGAAGCGCAUGGACCUCGUGUUAGAACUGAAGAACAAUGCUUCCAAGUUGCUGCUGGCCAUCAUGGAGAGCAGGCACGACAGUGAGAAUGCCGAGAGGAUCCUCUACAACAUGCGGCCGAAGGAGCUGGUGGAAGUGAUCAAGAAGGCCUACAUGCAAGGCGAAGUCGAAUUUGAGGAUGGAGAAAACGGUGAGGAUGGAGCUGCCUCCCCCAGGAACGUGGGGCACAACAUCUACAUAUUAGCCCACCAGUUGGCUCGGCACAACAAAGAACUUCAGACCAUGCUGAAGCCUGGCGGCCAGGUGGAUGGAGACGAAGCUCUGGAGUUCUAUGCCAAGCACACGGCGCAGAUCGAGAUUGUCCGAUUAGACCGAACGAUGGAACAGAUUGUCUUCCCAGUACCCAGCAUAUGUGAAUUCCUAACCAAGGAGUCAAAACUGCGAAUAUACUACACCACGGAGCGGGACGAGCAGGGUAGCAAGAUCAACGACUUCUUUCUGCGCUCGGAAGACCUCUUCAACGAAAUGAACUGGCAGAAGAAGCUGCGAGCCCAGCCUGUCCUCUACUGGUGUGCCCGCAACAUGUCCUUCUGGAGCAGCAUCUCCUUCAACCUGGCCGUCCUGAUGAACCUGCUCGUGGCCUUCUUCUACCCGUUUAAAGGAGUGCGAGGAGGGACGCUGGAGCCACACUGGUCAGGCCUCCUGUGGACAGCAAUGCUAAUCUCCCUGGCCAUCGUCAUUGCCCUACCCAAGCCCCAUGGCAUCCGGGCCUUGAUUGCUUCCACAAUUCUACGAUUGAUAUUUUCGGUUGGGCUGCAACCCACGUUGUUUCUGCUGGGAGCGUUCAACGUCUGCAAUAAAAUCAUCUUUCUAAUGAGCUUCGUGGGCAACUGUGGGACGUUCACCAGAGGCUACCGAGCCAUGGUUCUAGAUGUCGAGUUCCUAUAUCACCUGCUGUAUCUGUUGAUCUGUGCCAUGGGACUCUUCGUCCAUGAAUUCUUCUACAGUUUGCUGCUGUUCGAUUUAGUGUACAGAGAAGAGACUUUGCUUAAUGUCAUUAAAAGUGUCACCCGCAAUGGACGGUCCAUCAUCCUGACUGCGGUUCUGGCUCUGAUCCUGGUUUACCUGUUCUCGAUCGUGGGCUAUCUUUUCUUCAAGGACGAUUUUAUCUUGGAAGUAGACAGAUUGCCCAAUGAAACAGCUGUUCCAGAAACCGGCGAGAGUUUGGCAGGCGAGUUUCUGUACUCUGAUGUGUGCAGGGUGGAGACGGGGGAGAACUGUUCCUCUCCUGGACCCAAGCAAGAGCUGGUCCCUGUGGAAGAAACAGAACAGGAUAAGGAGCACACGUGCGAGACGCUGCUGAUGUGCAUUGUCACUGUCCUGAGUCAUGGGCUGCGGAGUGGGGGCGGAGUAGGAGAUGUGCUCAGGAAGCCAUCCAAAGAGGAACCUCUCUUUGCUGCAAGAGUGAUCUAUGACCUCUUGUUCUUCUUCAUGGUCAUCAUCAUCGUCCUGAACCUCAUUUUUGGUGUCAUCAUUGACACCUUUGCUGACCUGAGAAGUGAGAAGCAGAAGAAAGAAGAGAUCUUAAAGACUACAUGCUUCAUCUGUGGCCUGGAGAGAGACAAGUUUGACAACAAGACGGUCACCUUUGAGGAGCACAUCAAGGAAGAGCACAACAUGUGGCACUAUCUGUGCUUCAUUGUGCUGGUCAAGGUGAAGGACUCCACCGAGUACACUGGGCCCGAGAGCUAUGUGGCAGAGAUGAUCAAGGAAAGAAACCUUGACUGGUUCCCCAGGAUGAGAGCCAUGUCCUUGGUCAGCAGCGAUUCCGAAGGAGAACAGAACGAGCUGAGGAACCUGCAGGAGAAGCUGGAAUCCACCAUGAAGCUUGUCACUAAUCUUUCUGGACAGCUGUCAGAAUUAAAGGACCAGAUGACAGAACAAAGGAAGCAGAAACAAAGAAUUGGUCUUCUAGGACAUCCGCCUCACAUGAAUGUCAACCCACAGCAACCAGCAUAAGCAAAUGAGAGAGGAACUGUAUUGACCUUUUUUAAUUAUUAUUAGCGUGGGUAUGGCUAAUUAGUUCUGAUUCACCCACGAAGGUGACAUUUAUGCUUAGUAUAUUUGUAAAUAACUCAGUUUUAUACUGUAUGUAUAUGAUUGCUACUCUAAAGGUUUGGAUAUAUGUAUUGUAAUUAGAUUUGUUGAACGGCAUGAUGACAUUUCAUUUGUGCCAAAAAUAUUAAAAAUGCCUUUUUUGGAAGGACUAAAGAAAGCACCUGAUUUGCACUUGAACCAGAUUAUAGAUUUAAAAGCAUAUGACAUGUAUUUUGUAUUUAAAACUAGAAUAGCCAGUAUUUAUGUUUUUUAUAAAACUGUGCAAUAUGAAUUAUGCAAUCACAAUAAGUCUGUAACUCCCCAGUGUCCUACAGGGAGUGCACAUCUUUGAAGCUGGUGUGUUUGUUAAUACUAUGUAAUAAAUGGUUAAAUAUCAAAUGAUGCUGCUGCCAAAAUUAUAUUACUAGUGAGUUUCAGGCCCCUGGGCAUUUUGUACCAUGUAAUUAUCCUACGGUGAAGCUGUUUGUCGUAGCUAGUGGCAUCCGUGCCUGACAACGCUCCAUGUCUAUCAGCUGUUCAGCCGGCGUUCAUUUUAAGAAACGCAACUUUAGUUUCAAGAAUACUUUAAGCUUCUAAAUUGAUCACUUAAACUCUUUCUUUAAAUCAGAGGCCACAGUAGGUGCUCACUACUGUAGCUUGUGAGGAAUGAUGUUUUUAAAGGGAACUUUUUACACAGCGUUGGGAAUCAUCGUCAUCUCCUGGGUGAGUUUGGAUGUCACGGGAUAGAGAAACGAGGACUGGAUGGUUUCUAGAGUAUUAGUCCAAACGGUUUUUCCUUCAUCCAAACCAACAUGCCCUUGUAGCUAAAAUAAUUAAAAGUAUAUACAGCCAAAUUAAGGUGAAAUGGGAACUAACCCCUUAGAACCCAGAGUUGGACACUGACAUGUUAUUCUUCUGGAAGAGCCACGUUGUGAUUUUCUUUCUGUGUCACAUAAUUUCUUUUCGGGAUGGAUGGAAAGUAUGAAAGGAAACUUUUAUACCUGUUGCCUAGUUUUGUACAUGGGUCUCCUUUUACUAGAGAAUCUCUCUGCAAAAAUGUUUUAAAAAAUGUAUUGAAAGCAGAGUUCUGAAAUGAGUCAAGUUUGUAAAUGCAUAUAUGAAAGUAUUUAAUAAAUGAUGCAGAAUCAUAUGCAGUAA